AUGUGUGACACUAUUUCUGGACCUGUUAGUUUUGAUCAACCUGUAAAAGGUUUUGAGAAUGAGAAUUUGGAGGAUGAGAAGUUGACACGGCUUGGAUCUUUAAAGAAGGUAGCAAUGAAUGCAUCUUCUAAGUUGAAACACUCCUUGAAGAAGGGGCGAAGGCAUAGUAGGGUUAUGUCUGUUACUGAGGAUGAACUCGAUAUAGAAGAGUUGCAGGCAAUUGAGGGUCUUCGCCAAAUACUAAUCCAAGAAGAUUUGUUACCCUCAAGACAUGAUCAUCAUCAUAUGAUGUUAAGAUUCUUGAGAGCGAGGAAGCAUGACAUUGAGAAAACAAAGCAAAUGUGGGCAGAUAUGCUCCAAUGGAGGAAGGAAUUUGGGGCUGACACCAUCAUGGAGGAUUUUGAGUUUAAGGAGAUAGAUGAAGUUCUAAAAUACUAUCCUCAAGGAACACAUGGAGUUGAUAAAGAUGGAAGACCUGUUUACAUAGAAAGAUUGGGUUUGGUUGAUUCUAACAAGCUAAUGCAGGUAACAACUAUGGAGAGAUAUCUUAAGUACCAUGUAAGAGAGUUUGAGAAGACACUCAAUCUUAAGAUGCCGGCUUGUUCGAUUGCGGCAAAAAAACACAUUGAUCAAAGCACAACUAUCUUGGAUGUUCAAGGAUUGGGUCUCAGAAGCAUGAAUAAAGCUGCAAGAGAUCUCCUCCAAGGACUUCAGAAGAUUGAUGGUGGUAACUAUCCGGAGUCCUUGAAUCGUAUGUUCGUCAUCAAUGCUGGUUCUGGAUUUAGGAUGUUGUGGAACACUAUUAAGUCCUUCCUUGAUCCGAAUACCACCUCCAAAAUCCAUGUACUAGGUAACAAAUACCAAAGCAAGUUGCUCGAAAUCAUCGAUGCGAGUGAACUUCCCGAGUUCUUGGGGGGCACAUGUACUUGUGCAGACAAAGGUGGUUGCAUGCUUUCUGACAAGGGACCAUGGAAUGAUCCAGAAAUUUUGAAGAUGGUUCAAAACGGCAAAACAAAUUGCAUAACAAAUACUUUGUCCGGGAUUGAGGCGGAGAAAACAAUCAUCACAAAUGAAACAUUGUGUCAAAAGGAUAUAAAGGAAUGUAAUUCUUUCGAAAAAGAACAUGCUCUUGAGGAGGCAUGUCAUGCUAUAGCAGAAGUAGCAAAACAAUGUAAUAAUGUAUAUAAGUUUGACACCUUGGUCUCACUGAAUGACAAACCAAUGUCUUGGAAUGAGGCAAUACAAAAUGAUCAAAAGGCGCUUUCUAAAGUUUCAGGUGCAGAUUGCUAUGCUGAUAACAUUUCCAAGACUUCAACUAGAUUUAGAAAUCACUUUGCUGGUGGAGUCAUGGGAAUUGUUUUGGGACUCAUAACGUUAAUCCGCAUGACACGGAACAUGCCAAAGAAAAUGACUGCAAUUGCACUAUAUGGUAACUCAGUAUUAUAUGAUGGCAAUACGAUGAAAGCAACACCUGUCGUAUCCAUUGAUGAUCGAAUGGCUCUGAUGAAGCGCAUGGCCAUUCUAGAAGAGGAGGUGAAUACUCUCAUCACGAGGCCUUCCAUGCCACCCGAAAUGGAAAAAUUGCUCAACACUGCUCUAAAGCGCGUCGAAACACUCGAGCAAGAGUUGGCCACGACUCAGAAGGCACUUGAAGAGGCCCUUGCUAAGCAAGCGGAGCUUCAAUCAGAACUUGACAUAAAGAAAAAGAAGUUUUUCUACUGGUAA